UAUUAUCGUCGGUUUUUCAGAUUCCUACGCUGGUUCUUCGGGUAACAAGUAGAAGAAAAUGGCGCUGGGGCUAUUGCUUGGACUUGCAAGGUCAUCAUUCAGAAGAAAGCGAACAUCUUCUCUCGAAAUUCUCACUUCCAAACGUGGUCCGAGGGGUUUCUACAAGGGCAAGAAUUGCAUACCCACGGGCUUCCACACUCGCAAAGGUGGUUAUGUCGUGGUUCCAGAAAAGCUUCCUAAUUAUGUGGUUCCCGAUUUAACUGGUUUCAAGCUAAAGCCAUAUGUAUCGCAGUGCCCAACAGAAGCCAAAACAGCAGAGGCUGCCGAUUCUGCUAAAUAAUAUGAGUAGGAAGUACACAAUUGUUCCCCUCAAAUGCAGACGCUGAUCAUGCUUCUUCACUUCAAUGUACUUCUUUUGCUCUUUCCUAUGAAAGAUUUCAUCGCACACUCCGAAUGCAUUCCCCUAAUACAUUACAUUAGAUUAGUUGAUCCCUACAUGUUCGUUUCUUCACUCUCGAACCCCCUUUCAUGUUAUUAUUCGGGAUGUAAUAAUGUACCAUUGCUUCUUCUAUUCCUCCUCAUUCUGCACCUAGAUGUUGCAAGAUAGAUGGGUUAGCAGCUCCUUGGGUGCGGUUUUGGCCACAUUCUUAGUAUAUUUUUUUUAGAUCAUCAGGACGGGAAACACACCCGAAUCAAAGCACUACGAGUUACAAAGAACAUCUAGAUCUGUUGUUUAUUAGUGGAGAAGAUUGUGAUUGGUUUUUUCUUUUUUUGGCCUAAUUUUUGAAAGUUAUGGAUUCCAUGAAGAUAUAUAAAGUGGGUCAGAAUAAGUAGCCAUGAAGCAAAGGUGGAUGCAGAAAGUGUGUCUUACUGUCUUAGAUACAUUGCUUAAAGAUGUUGCAUUUGCACAUUGUUAAGUAUGCAAUUCAUCUCAGAUCUAAUCAUUUCAA